AUGAGAGUCAGUCAGCUCCAGUCAGUAGACAAGACUGGCGCAGCAGAACACAAGACUUUUGUGGACGCUGAGGAGUCAGCUGAGGCCCAGAGAACCCAGACCAGAGACUACCCUCAACAGUACCCAGACCAGAGACUACAACAGUACCCAGACCAGAGACUACAACAGUACCCAGACCAGAGACUACAACAGUACCCAGACCAGAGACUACAACAGUACCCAGACCAGACACUACCCACAACAGUAGACCAGAGACUACAACAGUACCCAGACCAGAGACUACAACAGUACCCAGACCAGAGACUACAACAGUACCCAGACCAGAGACUACAACAGUACCCAGACCAGAGACUACAACAGUACCCAGACCAGAGACUACCCUCAACAGUACCUAGACCAGAGACUACAACAGUACCCAGACCAGAGACUACCCAGAACAGUACCCAGACCAGAGACUACAACAGUACCCAGACCAGAGACUACAACAGUACCCAGACCAGAGACUACAACAGUACCCAGACCAGAGACUACAACAGUACCCAGACCAGAGACUACAACAGUACCCAGACCAGAGACUACAACAGUACCCAGACCAGAGACUACAACAGUACCCAGACCAGAGACUACCCUCAACAGUACCCAGACCAGAGACUAAAACAGUACCCAGACCAGAGACUACCCUCAACAGUACCCAGACCAGAGACUAAAACAUACCCAGACCAGAGACUAAAACAGUACCCAGACCAGAGACUACAACAGUACCCAGACCAGAGACUACAACAGUACCCAGACCAGAGACUACAACAGUACCCAGACCAGACACUACCCACAACAGUAGACCAGAGACUACAACAGUACCCAGACCAGAGACUACAACAGUACCCAGACCAGAGACUACAACAGUACCCAGACCAGAGACUACAACAGUACCCAGACCAGAGACUACAACAGUACCCAGACCAGAGACUACAACAGUACCCAGACCAGACACUACCCACAACAGUAGACCAGAGACUACAACAGUACCCAGACCAGAGACUACAACAGUACCCAGACCAGAGACUACAACAGUACCCAGACCAGAGACUAAAACAGUACCCAGACCAGAGACUACAACAGUACCCAGACCAGAGACUACCCUCAACAAUAUGGUGUAUCUCCCCUAGAUAUGGUGUAUCUCCUCCUAGAUAUGGUGUAUCUCCCCCUACAUAUGGUGUAUCUCCUCCUAGAUAUGGUGUAUCUCCCCCUACAUAUGGUGUAUCUCCCCCUAGAUAUGGUGUAUCUCCCCCUACAUAUGGUGUAUCUCCCCCUAGAUAUGGUGUAUCUCCCCCUACAUAUGGUGUAUCUCCUCCUAGAUAUGGUGUAUCUCCCCCUACAUAUGGUGUAUCUCCCCCUAGAUAUGGAGUAUCUCCCCCUACAUAUGGUGUAUCUCCCCCUGGAUAUGGUGUAUCUCCCCCAGAUAUUGUGCCUCGUUCUACUGGGACCUGUGUGGUAAUACUGGUGAACUGUUACAGGUUCUACUGGGACCUGUGUAUGCUGUUCCUGCUAGUGGCCAACCUGAUCAUCCUGCCUGUGGCUAUCUCCUUCUUCAACGAUGACUUGUCCACUCGCUGGAUCGCCUUCAACUGCCUCUCAGACACCAUCUUCCUUAUAGAUAUUGUCGUCAAUUUUAGAACGGGUAUCAUGCAGCAAGAUAACUCAGAGCAGGUGAUCCUCGACCCCAAGUUGAUCGCCAAGCACUACCUUAAAACAUGGUUCUUCCUCGACCUCAUCUCCUCAGUCCCACUAGACUACAUCUUCCUCAUAUUCAACCAGUAUCGCGACAAAGAGGAUUUCAGCGAAAGCUUCCAGAUCCUACACGCGGGCCGGGCGCUGCGGAUCCUGCGCCUGGCCAAGCUGCUGUCCUUGGUCCGACUCCUGCGCCUCUCCCGCCUUGUGCGUUACGUGUCGCAGUGGGAGGAGGUCUAUAUCCUUAAGAACCGCCGCAAAAAACACAGUGAGAGAUGGAGUCCGGCUGGUGGCUCAGAUGCCCUGAACAGACGUAAAAGGAAGCCGUACAAUGUUUACAAUAUUCCAUUUUUUAAGUUCCUCAACAUGGCGUCCGUCUUCAUGCGCAUCUUCAACCUCAUCUCCAUGAUGCUGCUGAUCGGCCACUGGUCAGGAUGCUUACAGUUCCUCGUCCCUAUGCUGCAGGGGUUCCCUUCUAACUCCUGGGUAGCCAUCAACGAGCUCCAGACUGCCUACUGGCUCGAGCAGUACUCGUGGGCAUUCUUCAAGGCCAUGUCGCACAUGCUCUGCAUUGGAUAUGGGCGUUUCCCCCCCCAGAACCUGACGGACCUGUGGCUGACCAUGAUAUCCAUGAUCUCUGGGGCCACCUGCUAUGCGCUCUUCAUCGGUCACGCCACGAACCUCAUCCAGUCGCUGGACUCCUCUCGCCGCCAAUACCGCGAGCGGCUGAAGCAGGUGGAGGAGUACAUGGCCUACCGCAAGCUGCCCCGGGAGCUGAGAACAAGGAUCACCGAGUACUUUGAGCACCGUUACCAGGGCAAGUUCUUCGACGAGGAGAUGAUCCUGGGCGAGCUGUCCGAGAAGCUCCGCGAGGACGUUAUCAAUUUCAACUGCCGAUCUUUGGUGGCGUCCGUACCCUUUUUUGCCAAUGCUGACCCUGGCUUCGUCUCAGAGGUCGUCACAAAACUUAAAUACGAGGUCUUCUUGCCAGGUGACAUUAUCAUCAAGGAAGGUACCAUUGGGAACAAGAUGUACUUCAUUCAGGAAGGUAUUGUCGAUAUUGUCAUGUCCAAUGGAGAUGUGGCAACAUCUCUCAGUGAUGGUUCCUACUUUGGCGAGAUCUGUCUGCUCACGAAUGCCAGACGAACAGCCUCAGUGCGAGCCGAGACUUACUGCAACCUCUUCAGCCUUAGCGUGGAGCAUUUCAACACUGUUUUGGAUUCCUAUCCCCUCAUGCGACGAACUAUGGAGAGUGUGGCAGCUGAAAGGUUAAACAAGAUUGGCAAGAAUCCAUCAAUUGUCAGUAAUCGGGAGGACUUGACUAAUGACUGCAAGACAGUGAACGCUAUCGUCACUGCCUUAGCUUCUGUGGCAUCAACCGAGCAGUGUGACGGAGGCACCAGUUCAGAGGAGUCCAUGAUGGGUCAGGAUGGUCGUCACAACCUCCUUGAUCUAGGUUCCAUAGGAAAAGCUCUCGCUAAAGGUCACCUGCCAAGACCGAAAAGUGAGAAUAACUUUGCCCUUUCACUCGACAUGCCCUCUCCCCUACACCGCAACCGACCCUCAUUCCACAAGUCCGAUACUUUCCACAAAGACACUUCGUUUCAAUAGCAGGUGGCCCCCGCCCAUGCACUUAUGCUA